AUGAAAGACUAUGACUAUAAUCAGAUGCUGGAUGACUAUCAGUUUCUGAACCAGGUCGGGCGUGUUGUUACAUCAACGGGUCGCUCACUGAGUGAGGCUCAUAUGCUGCCCCUAGACCAUGUCCCUAGGCCCGGUGUGCGCCGCGGACCAGCCUCGCAGCAGCGAAGGGAUGCUCUAGCGAAGCAACUUGGCUUCCACAAGCUUCCGAUCAUGCUGCUGCCAGACGGCAUGACACACCGCAGGAUGAAUCGCACUCACUGGGAUGCUAAGCAACGAUGCAUGGUGUUCACUCUCCAGAUCCAGUUUCCUUGCCACUGUAUCCAACCGGAUUCGGAUCUUUCGCGCUUCUCCCAAGGCCUACUUGUCCAUGGCCUCUCAUCGCAGACCGUGCUAUCGACAUGGCUCUUAAGCGAGUUAGAGCGUCAAUGUGCGCGGCAACAUCAGAUGCCCCUUUCACAGUGGCACUCGGACACAGAAGCGGAUGUGUCUAGGGCAAAGAGGUUCAAGGGAGACCAGGACACGAACAGCUUCUGGCAUAUGGACAAUGAUAUCUUGUCAGCACUUGGCCUUGCUAGCUCAAAUGAGACAUGGAGCGCUUGGCCGUCGUCCGUUCGUCUGCUCCUACACAUCUAUGAGCUGCGUCUUCGCAACGAAACGACGCCCAAGUACCUGGACUGGUGGGUCCGCAAAGGUGCUUCCCUUGAAAAGCCGGUAUCGCUGGUGCGCGAGCCUGCUGCGCUCCCGGCGCUGGUACCUCAGCAUGUACUUGACAACGUGUCACAGCUCCGCCAUGAUACCCAACCCAAGGAGAGUGCGGCUAACCUGUCGAACACAGUACAACACUUUGUCGAAGUGCCUAUGUCCAUGACACUCGACACGCUCCUGCGCUCUCUGCCCGCAGGUUUUGGUAUCGUUGAGUAUCUCCAAGUGGCCAUCUGGCCAGCGCAGACUCUAGCCGUGGCAGAGCGCCGUGGACAAGUGCAGCUGCAUCCACUCCAAGUG